GCCAGGAUAUUUUUGUACUGUAAAUUAUUAACCUAAAUAACAACAGUCAACUAUUUAGACCUUCAUUUCAGCCCAUAUAAGUGGUGUUUACCACUUGGUGUCUUUACUCAGGUGUGGAGGAGUGGUUUUCAGGUAGAGUUAACUGCUGUAGGCUAACCCUGUUACUUUCUAUAAACGUACUGGAACCUGCGGUUGGUUCAACACGGUUAAGGUUGAAAAAAAUGACAGUGAUAGCAUAUCUUUUAGAACUGAUUGACGUAAAAAGCGUAUUACUUUUUGUCUUAAUUUUCCUGCUGCUGUUGGACUACUUUAAGAAUAAACCACCAAAGAACUUUCCUCCUGGACCCCGGUCAUUGCCCUUCGUUGGGCACUUGCAUCACUUGACUGACUUCAGCAAAGUCCAUCUAGAGUUCGCAAAGUUUGCUGAGAAAUAUGGGCCUGUAUUCAACUUUCGGCUUUUCGGUCCACGACUUGUGGUUGUUAACGGCCACAAAAGAGUGAGAGAACUGUAUAUCAAUCAAGGAGACAAUUUGGCUGACAGACCAACUGGUAUACCAUUAUUUGAUGACAUGAUUGGUGGCAAAGGUCUUAGUUUAUCAAAUGGAUAUAGCUGGAAACAGCAAAGGAGGUUUGCUCUGCACACUCUGAGAAACUUUGGAUUGGGCAAAAGAAGCCUUGAGCCAUCAAUUCUUCUGGAAUGCCGAUAUCUAAACGAAGCAUUUAGCAAUGAGCAAGGUAAGGCCUUUGACCCACAAUUGGUCAUUAACAAUGCUGUGUCCAACAUCAUCUGUGUGUUGGUGUUUGGGGACCGUUUCGAGUACACCGACGAUGAAUUCCGGUCCCUCCUAAAGAACAUCAAUUUAGUCAUCAGUCUUGAGGCGGACAUUUGGGCACAGAUGUACAAUCUGCUCCCAUGGUUGAUGCGCAGAAUUCCCGGCCCACACAGGAAACUAUUGGCCGUUUGGGGUGGCAUUGUCGACUUCGUAAGGGGGAAAGUGAAAGACCAUAAAGCAGACUAUGAUCCCUCAAAUCCCAGAGACUAUAUUGACUGCUUCCUUGGAGAAAUGGAAAAGUGGAAGGAUGACAAAGCAGCAGGCUUCAAUGUGGAGAAUUUGUGCUACUGCGCCCUGGACCUGUUUUUAGCUGGAACUGAGACCACGUCUACCACACUGUACUGGGCACUGCUGUACAUGAUCAAGUAUCCAGAGAUACAGCGAAAGGUGCAGGAGGAGAUUGAUCGAGUGGUGGGAUCGUCAAGACAGCCUUCUGUGGCCGACCGGGAGAACAUGCCUUACACAGACGCUGUCAUCCAUGAGAUUCAGAGAGUGGGAGACAUUGUGCCGUUGAAUGUGACAAGAAGUUCCACCCAAGACACCCAAGUUGGAGACUAUGUUAUUCCUAAGGGAACAAUGGUAAUGGGGACCCUACAUUCUAUUCUGUUUGACGAGACGGAGUGGGAGACCCCUCACACCUUCAACCCAGGCCACUUCCUGGAUGCAGAGGGCAAGUUCAGGAAGAGGGAGGCCUUCCUGCCGUUCUCCUUGGGUAAAAGAGUGUGUCUGGGAGAGCAGCUGGCUAGAAUGGAGCUGUUCCUUAUCUUCACCUCUCUGCUGCAGCGAUUCUCCUUCUCACCACCAGAGGGCGUUGAACCCAGCUUGGAGUCCAGACUUGCAGUCACUCAUUGCCCCAAGCCCUACCAACUGUGUGCUGUCCCUCGCUAAAAUGUAUAACAUUGUUUCCCCUUUUUCCAUUUCAUUUAAUUUCAUUGUUAAUUUUGUGUGGUAGGCUAUUUGUUUUUAAAGUAUGUAGGCCAUACAUUGUUUACAAUAGGGGUGAAUUCAGGUUAAUUGGGCAGGUACUCCACCACCAGUAGGUGGCACUGUACUGAUGUAGCCGGUACAUGGUAUACAUAAUAUUGAUACUGCACAAUGAUACAUGGUUCAGUGUGCCCUUGAGUGUUCAAGUAAAAGGAUGAAUUUUACAUACGGUUUCCUCAUCAUUUGAUAUUACUACAAUUCCUCCUGUGAGCAACACCACAAAUUACAGCUGAUUGUAGGGCCCACAAUUAGCUGCUACGCCACUGUUUCCUACAUCUGCCUGCUGACAUGAUGAUGCAAAACACUUCUGACAUAUGCCUUGCCUUGUUAUUGAUACCAUACAUGUCAAAAUAAAUGUAAAUGCUUGUGUC